CAACAGCAGCAGCAGGCAGCUGAAGCAGACGGUCCUCCUCACUACUGGUUCUUUCAGAUAAGCUCAGUCGGCAUGGCGUCUUCAAUGAUGGAUGGAGUUGGUAAAGCUGUGGUGGGAGUCUGGCGGGCACAUACAGUCCUGGAUGAGUCUGACGGGGCAGAGAGCUCCCCAGAAGCACCCGACCGUUUCCGAAAGCUUCGCUCUUCGUCUUCCCUCAACUCUCUGCGCAUGUCAUUGCGCAAACGUCUCCCGCUGCGUGAUGUUCAGACCAACUCUCUCCCAGAGAACCCAACUUGGGAAACCCUAAAGCAGCAGCCAAAGACCAACACAGUCCGUAAACUUACUCGCAGUGCUCGCAACUCCAUCACUGAAGUGUGUCAGAGGCUGCAGAGGACAAGAGAGUUUGCACGUGGGGAGUGUUUGGUAGAAACCCCAGGCCGGAUGUGUGAUGGGGAGGAAGCCUGUGUGACGACUUCUCGCACCCCAAGACGUACACCUGGCCGGGCUGUAACACCCAGACGCACCCCCAGAGCAGCAGUCACACCUGGGCGUACCCCGGGCUCUAGAGGGAGAAGGACUCCUGAGGCGGGCGUACGAGGGGUGAAAACAGGAGGAGGCAGGCGGCAGCUGGUCCGCAUGGCUGCAUUACGGAGUCCCUUUGCCUCCCCUAACACACAGAACCAGAGGAUAAAGUUUGACCAAGAUCUGGAGUCGGUGUCUAGUGGGCUCAGGAAGCUCAAACACCUGUCCAAGGCAUUUGAUGACUUGAUUGGCAGAGACGACAGAACCAGUACAAGGGAACGUUCAGGAGGAGCAGGAGCGGUCAUGAGAAAGUUGGACCCCAGCGGUAAACUCAGUCGCUCAAACCUCACACGUCGAGCCACGAACCUCUCAAACAGGCUAGGAGGUUGGGCCCACACAGCUGUGAACACUAUCCACAAACCUAACUGAGCUACACAUAUGUGUGUUUGCGUGUAAAACAUGGGACCUUUUUUAUAGCCUUGCUCCACAUUUAUCAUUAUUGAGGCAUCACUGUUACAUUUAUAUGUAAUGGUGUCAUGAUGAUACUGGGAGACUGUUCUGUGGCAGCUUUGUCUUUUUUUUUUUAUCUAUGUCGUGUGUAGUUUUCAACAUUCAAGUUAUUCUUGUGUGUUUACACGUCUCAGGUUAGCUGGUUUUGGGUGAAAUAUCCUCAUUGUAGCUACCAAAGGGAGUUCUGUAUUGUGGUGUUUGUACCUGUUAUAGCUGCUACAACCAAAUGUCGUAGUUACAUUUUGAAGAUACUAAUAUUGUAGUUUGUAUUCACUCUCUGCAUAGAAACCUUUUGCCUGUUUCUAAAGUUUACCUUUAAAGAAACACUGCACAAGACCAAAAUUGUAUCUGGGAAAACUAACACUAAAUUUAGUGACAAUGGGGAGAUGCAUUUCCCUCUACUUUAUACGUAUGCAAUAAUGUUACUAACAUUUGUUAUUCCUUUUUUUUAAAUGUCAUUUGAUUAUGCCAAAUUUUAAAGUGUAUUUUCUAUGAAAGGGGACUUUUUUAUAUAAUGUUACAUAGUCAAGCAGUAUUUCAGUGGGGUUUUUUUCAUAUCUUUCUUUGAGGCAGAGGUUGGCACUUUUUAAUAACCCUUUGAUGAUUCAUGCAUCAAUACUGUACACAAAUAAUUUGAUAAUGUGAUGACUCAUUUCCCGAUGUCAACAAUGAUGAUGUUGUAAAGCCAUAUCCAGCAGGUUAUUAGUGUCCUGACCGUCACUCUGAUAUUUCUUUGUAUUGCGACCCCCUUUUCUGCAGCCAUUAGGGAAAAGGAGACAUUGUGCCUGAAUGUGGAAAAAAAAUCUCAAAAUAAAACC